AUGGCGGCGGCGGCGGAGGAGGCCCGGUUGCUGGCGUGGCUCCGCGGCCCCGCGGCCCCCGGUGACCCGGAGCUCUCCGCAUACGUGUCCGAGCUGGCGGCGCUGGGGCUGGCGGAGCUGGGCCGGGAACCGGCGCGGCUGGCGGCGGAGCGGGCGCGGGUGGGGGCCGAGACCCGGCGCUUGGCCUUCGAGCACUACCGAGCGUUCAUCCGGUCCGCAGAGUGCACCGGGAGCGCCGGGCACGGGUUCGGAGGCAUCGAGAGCCGGCUCGGCCGCCUGCUGGAGCGGCUGCCUGCGCUGCAGGACGCCUGCCGGAACUUCAUGCGGGAUGCUGAGGAGAUCGCCUGCAGCCGGCGCAUGAACAGUCUGACCCUGAACCGGCACACGGAGAUCCUGGAGAUCCUGGAGAUCCCGCAGCUCAUGGACACCUGUGUCCGCAAUGGGUACUACGAGGAGGCUCUGGAGCUCGCUGCCUACGUGCGGAGGCUGGAGAGGAAGCACAGCAGCAUUCCUGUGAUCCAGGGCAUUGUGGAUGAAGUGCGGCAGUGCACCCAGCUGAUGCUGAACCAGCUCAUCCAGCAGCUCCGCACCAACAUCCAGCUCCCGGCCUGCCUGCGGGUCAUCGGCUACCUGCGGCGCAUGGACGUGUUCACCGAGGCUGAGCUGCGCAUCAAGUUCCUGCAGGCACGGGACGCGUGGCUGCGUUCCAUCCAGGCCUCCAUCCCCGACGACGACCCCUACUUCCACAUCACCAAGACCAUCGAAGCCUGUCGCGUCCACCUCUUUGACAUCAUCACCCAGUAUCGUGCCAUCUUCUCGGAUGAGGAGCCGCUCCUGCCCACCGACGGUCAGGCCCUCAAUGAAGGGGCCAUUUUCCACAGCUGGGUGCUGCAGAAGGUGUCUGAGUUCCUGCGGACGCUGGAGCGUGACCUGCGGCGAGGGGUGGGCGGCCGCCUGGACUCACUGCUGGGGCAGUGCAUGUAUUUCGGCCUCUCCUUCAGCCGGGUGGGAGCUGAUUUCCGUGGGCAGCUGGGGCCCCUGUUCCAGCACGUGGCUGCCACCGCAUUCAGGAAGGCAGUGGAAGAGGCAGUGGAGAAGUUCAAGGAGGAGAUGAAUUCCUACACGCUCAUCUCCACACCGGCUGGGCUGGGUGGCAGCACGGGGGUCCCGGUGCCCAUGGCCCAGCCGGGGACACUGCAGCCUCCCAUGGUGCUGCUGGACUUCCCACCCCUCGCCUGCUUCCUCAACAGCCUCCUUGUUGCUUUCAAUGACCUGCGGCUCUGCUGCCCCAUUGCCCUGGCACAGGAUAUCACCACCUGCCUGGAGGAUGCGCUUGGGGAGGUAACUAAAACCAUCCUGGCCUUCCACCGUGCAGAGGAGGCAGCUUUCAGCGGGCGGGAGCAGGAGCUCUUUGCCCAGUUCUGCACAGCUUUCCUGGAUGACCUGCUGCCCUACCUGAACCGAUGCCUGCAGGUGCUCUUCCCACCGGCACAGAUUGCACAAGCACUGGGGGUGGACGAGCACGGGGAGCCAGUGAGCUGGGAGGCAAAGGGCUGGGCUGCCCGUGUUGUCCAGCAUGAGAUGGACCACCUGGAUGGCAUCCUCUACAUCGACCGCAUGGACACACGCACCUUCACCAAUGUCAACUGGAUGGAGCUGAUGGACUGACAUCCUCGGGCCUCAUCCCACUGGAGAAGAGCUGCAGCAGGGCACCGUACCGGACACUGGCCAGGGGGGCAGCACGGCACUGUAUGGGCUCCUACUCACCAUUACUACAGCCAAAAUACACACUGUGAAGCCUCA